AUGAGCGAAGGCCACGCUGCCCCUGUUGCCGACGCACCGGUGGCAACUGCUGGUGACAGCACUGGUACUGCCCCCGUCACCGUCGGUAAGGCCCAUCAUGUCGACAACAACAAUAGCCAUGCUCAGGCGCACUCUCUGAAGGAGCAGGAAUCCACAGAGCGACUCACACCUCGGCCAACUUUUAUGGAGAACUUGGCCAACUCACGCGAUGCCCAAUUCCAUCUGGAUCGUCGUGACUCGAGUGAGCUGGAGCGGUAUUUCCAUGGUCCCCGUAGCAUGGACAAGCACUCGAAAUGGCCCAUCUUCAUGCGUAUGCAUGGUAGCGUUACCCCGAAGAUGAUUCUGCCUAUUGUCCUCGUUGGUGCUUGGGCAACUGCCAUUACUUGCAUUGACCGAUUCCAUAAACCUAUUGGUGUCAACAAUAUUCUUCUUACUGUUCUUGGUUUCGUGGUCGGUUUGGCAUUGUCGUUCCGCAGCUCCACUGCGUAUGAAAGAUGGGCAGAUGGCCGCAAGUACUGGGCUCAACUCAUCCAAACCUCUCGCAAUCUAUCCCGCACAAUCUGGGUCAACACCAGCGAACGUGAAGGCGAAGAUGGCAAGGUGGAUCUUCUCCGCAAGGUUACCGCCAUGAACCUCAUCCUCGCCUACGCUGUCGCCCUCAAGCACAAGCUCCGCUUCGAACCAGAUGUCGCAUACGAAGAUCUUGCCGGUCUUAUCGGUCACCUGGAUACUUUCGCCCGCGACGCACACGACCGCGAGGUCCUCAACCCUCGUCCCAAGUCCCUCUGGAAGGCUACCGGAGAGUACCUGGGUGUUUCAUUCGCCGAGUCCAACCCCCGCAAGCUGAUCAAGCGGUCCAAGAAGCCUCUGGGCCAUCUUCCCCUGGAGAUUCUCAACCACUUGUCCGCAUACAUUGACUCGAUCGUGGCCAACGGUACCCUGACCUCCGGUCUGCACCAGAGCCAAGCCAUCACCAUGCUGUCCACCCUAAACGAAGUCCUGACCGGAACAGAGCGUGUGCUGGACACUCCUCUCCCCGCCGCAUACAGCAUCGCCAUCUCCCAAAUCGCCUGGAUCUACGUAAUGGUCCUCCCCUUCCAACUCGUCAAGGUCCUGGACUGGGUCACCAUCCCGGGUACCAUGGUCGCCGCAUACAUCAUCAUUGGCCUGGCCACCAUCGGCAGCGAAAUCGAGAACCCCUUCGGCCACGACGUGAACGAUCUUCCCCUGGACACCUACUGCCGCCAAAUCGCCGUCGAAAUGGACAUUAUCACCGCGACCCCCGCCCCCAAGGUCGACGAUUUCAUGAGCCGGCCCGAUAACCUCGUUCUCUUCCCUCUCAGCCAGAACAGCUACGACGAGUGGAAAGCCCGCAGCACGGAGGAUAUCCGUGCUGCGCUCCGGGCAAAGGUUACCGCUGGUACGGCUCUGACCUCAGCCCUGGACGGAUCAGAUGGGUCCACCCUGGUGACCCGCAUCACCACCAAGACUAAGCAAUCUGUUUAA